AUGAAGUUUGAGAAUGUGCUGGCAGAGGUAAAUGGCUAUGGGAAAUUCCAGUUAGGUAUGAUCGUCAUGAUGGUAAUUCCUCGUGUGACUUUGCCAUUUCACUUUCUACUGAACAAUUUCAUAGCGGCUGUUCCCUCUCACCACUGCGACAUCGGCUCUCUGGACGAUGGAGGUAUUUUUAGGAAUUUAUCGCAGGAACAGAGGCUUGUUGUUGGCAUUCCAGUCCAGGAGGAUGGGACUCCGAGCUCCUGUCACAUGUUCACAGAGCCUCAGUAUCAUCUGCUGCUCAACUACUCCAACGUUACUGACCUACCCACAGUGCCGUGCCAGAAUGGAUGGGUGUACGAUAACACAACCUUCAAGUCCACUCUGGCCACAGAGUGGGAUCUGGUUUGUGAUAAGAAAACAAUCAACAGAGCCACAACCACAAUCUUUUUCAUUGGAGUCAUGUUUGGAGCAGCAGUAUUUGGAUAUCUUAGUGACAGGUUUGGCAGGAAAAAAACAAUUCUGGUGUCCUACAUGACGACCACACUCUUUGGAUUUGCAAGCGCUUUCUCAUAUAAUUUCACCAUUUUUGCUGUCAUGAGGUUCUUUACUGGAUUUGGAAUUUCUGGAAUAAGUAUAAUCACCACUGUCCUUUGCAUUGAAUGGGUGGACAUCAAGCAUCGAACUGCAGUGGGCGUUUUAAUGAGCUUGGACUGGAGUAUUUCUAGUGCUCUGCUACCUUUCAUUGCUUAUUUUGUGAAUGACUGGAGGUACCUGACUGCCACAGCAACCACGCCACUGUUCCUGGCGAUGAUUUGUUGGAGGUGGCUCCCUGAGUCUGCCAGGUGGCUUAUAAGCAAUGGAAAGCUCAAAAGUGCUCAUUUUUACCUGAGCAAGUGCGCAAAGGUCAACAACAGAGAGCAGUUCCUGGCUGACCUAAAGCCCGAAAUUCUAUCCAAAGUAAUACUUGUAGAAAAUGAAAACAGAAAAUAUUCUUAUUUGGAUCUUGUGAAGACUCCUAGAAUGAGGAGACUGGCUGUACUUACUGGCAUUGUGUGGUUUGGAGUAGCCUGUACUUAUUAUGGAAUCAGCUUGAAUGUCACUGGAUUUGGUGUUAACAUUUAUCUCACACAGUUCAUCUACGGUGCAAUUGAAAUCCCAGCAAAAGCAUUGAUCUUUAUCAGCUUGAACAAAAUAGGUCGAAGGUUGAAUCAGGCUGGAACACUUGUUCUGACCGGACUGUGUAUAUUCUGCAACAUAUUUAUCCCUAAAGAAAUGCGGGUCUUUCGGACCACAGUAGGAGCUCUUGGCAAGCUUUUUGCAGAGGGAGCUUUUACUACUGUAUUUCUGUACACAACGGAGCUCUACCCCACAGUAAUGAGACAAAAUGGAUUGGGCUAUAGCUCCUUUAUGGGGCGUUUAGGCGUUUCUGUGUCCCCCCUGAUCUUGCUUCUUGAAGAAGUGUGGCUCCCUCUGUCGAGUACUGUUUUCUUCAUAGUGGCUUUUGGCGGAGGGCUAUCAGCUUCUUUUCUUCCUGAGACUCAAAAUGUCCGCCUACCAGAGACUAUUGAGGACGUGGAACAGACGAGAAGACGAUCAAGCUCCACAUCUGAUGAGAAAUCUCUGCCUUAAAUGUUUUCUUCAUUGCAACCAAAAGGCCUGCAUGGGCACUUUGCAACGUAAACAAUCUGUAAACAAAAUAUUAAUAUAUCAU